AUGUUAACCCGAUGGUUUCAUAAGCGUAGAAACUUAAGCUCAAAUCAUAAGCACCCUUUAACCAUUGCAGUUGAGAAAAAGAUUGACAGAAGGAUUGAAAAGGGUAAAACAUUCAUGGUUUACCAGAUUAAUGACUACCGAUUUAUUGUUAAAGGCGACUCCUACGACUGUAUUGUUGAUUUGCAGGCGAGAACGUGUUCAUGUGGAAAGUAUGGCUUGAUAAAAAUUUUGUGCAGACAUGCCAUAAAAGCAGGAUUAUCUGUUGGAAGAGAGCCACAUUCACUCACCGACCAUAAAUAUACGACUGUCGCAUGGAGAGCCGUUUAUGAGGAAUGCAUCAAUCUUGUAUCUGUUCCUGAGGAUGCAUGGCGUGUCCCACCGGUAGUUGAACUCGUCCAAGUAUUACCACCGGAAACACGAAGAGCUGCGGGAAGGCGUAAAAAACGAAGAUACGAAUCUGCCGAAGAUAAGAUACAAUCGUCCAAAGGAUCGAAAGGGUCUAAGAAGCACAAGUGCAGCCGUUGUCAUAUUACCGGUCACAACAGAGCAACAUGUGAUAUGGCAAUAUAG